CGGCGGGAGCAGGGCAGGGGUGUUCAUCUCGGUGGGGCCACACUGACCAUGCUCAGGAGCUUCUGUCUCCAGCUCAUGUCCUUGAUUUGGAUCCUCUUGGCCCAUCACCAGCUUGUGCAAGGGGAUGACUGCAGUGAGCGCUGCAAUCUCGCCCACGGCUGCUGUGACCAGGAUGGGAAGUGCAGGUGUGAUCCAGGCUGGGAGGGGGAGUACUGCGAGGAGUGCGUGCGUAUGCCGGGCUGUCUUCACGGGACGUGCCACCAGCCUUGGCAGUGCAUCUGUCACUCCGGCUGGGCUGGCAAGUUCUGUGACAAGGAUAUACACAUCUGUGAACACCAGUCCCCCUGCCAGAACGGGGCACAGUGCAUCUACGAUCGAGAUGGGGAGUAUUCCUGCUUGUGUCCAGAAGGUUUCCACGGGAAGGACUGUGAGAUGAAGACAGGGCCAUGUGAGAAGGCAGGGUCUCCCUGCAAGAAUGGUGGGCAAUGUCAAGACGAAAAUGGCUUUGCCAGUAACUUCACCUGCCGAUGUCUCGCUGGCUUUGUGGGGGCUCUCUGUGAGCACGAUGUGGACGACUGCCUGAUGCGCCCCUGUGCCAAUGGAGCCACCUGCCAUGACGGCGUCAACCGCUUCUCCUGCCAGUGCCAGGUGGGCUUUGAAGGGCGUUUCUGCACCAUCAACAUCAACGACUGCGCCAGCCAGCCGUGCAAAAAUGGGGCGAAGUGCUAUGACCGCAUCAAUGACUAUGACUGCUUGUGUCCUGACCGUUUCACUGGCAAAACCUGUGAGAUCUCCAUCCCCGAGCCCACCUGGUCUCCUCCCUACCAGCCUGCAAACCAUGAGAAUGCUGGAGGUGUGAAAAGCACCACUAGUGAGACGCCGGGGGUGACGCAGCCAGAGCCCAUCAGGACUGUGGUCACAGGGCGGCGUGUGGCCAACCACAGUGAGAAAGAGCCGGGGGGAGGGUUGUUGAAAAUCUCUGUGAAGGAGGUGGUGACCCAAAGGGACUCAGGGCUGAGUGAAGCCCAGCUGGUGACAGUGCUGGUGUUCGGGGUGCUCACAGCAGUGCUGGUCCUCAUCACUGUCCUGCUAAUGCUGAGGAACUGGCAGAGAGGCCGUCAAAGGUCGAACUGGUGCCAAAGCCCUUCUCAGGCUGCAAGAAAGCUCCAAGACCAGGAGUGUCAGGUGGGCAUGCUCAACACCAUCUUGAUUGAGCCAAGGAAGACCACAGAGCUGUGAGCUGUGAGGACUCUGAACCAGGCCCUGGCAGGUCAUCGAGCUGGCAAACCCCUUGAACUGCACCCUGCGGAGCCACACCGGCACCGACUGGGCAGCGGGGAAGGGCUCCCAGGGCAGCAAACAUGUCAGCAAAACCCUGGGUGUUGAGCAUCGCUGUGAUAGCCCUGCCUGGGUCUGAGCUGUCUCCUGGCUGGCUGGCUCAGCUGGCACCCACAGGCAUUUGAAGGUGGGGCUGUGUUGGGCCAGCCCUGCAGGGGAGCAAUGGUGUGCUGCCUGCAGCAGCCACGCAAGCGCCGCUAUCAUCUGACUCCAGCACUCAGAAACAGGACAGGUAGUGCUGAGGAGGGCACAGCCCUCUUGCAAGCCCAAAUACUGCCAGACCCUUUGUAACUCUUCUCUGUGACUGUGGGAGGGGGCUUUAUCCUCAUUUCUGCUGGUGUUGGGAUGCUUCUUCUGGGGCCUUUGAUACAGUUGUGGCUGCAUGGGUCUUCCUGCCACAGUACUGCAUGGGGUUGUUCCUGACUGUUUCUGGAGGCUGUCAUUGCAGAUGCCACGUCUCUAGGGAGUGAGCAAACACCCUUGCUCCCUGGCCUUGUGGUUCUGUGAGCCAGUUCAAAGAGACUUCAAAAA